CUGUCGCGUUUCCGAGAAGUGCGUGAGCGUGGAAAUGGUAGCAAGAUGGCGGCGUUGAAGGAGGAGCAGUGUUACGGACUGUCUUGUGGAAGAGUGAGCAAUGGCAGCAAUAUCUCAGUCUUUCACGUUAAACUUACUGACAGUGCUUUGAGAGCGCUGGAAGACUAUCAGAGCAGUAAGGGUCUUUCUGCUCAACCACUAAUACGAUUCACUGGAAAUCAAGGGAAAAUCUCAAUACCCCAGUCCACGAGUCCAAAUGAUCUGCGAACGUUUACGUUCUAUCUGUCUAAUGUGGGGAGGGAUAAUCCCCAGGGCAGCUUUGACUGCAUCCAGCAGUACAUUUCAAGUGAAGGGAGCAUACAGCUGGACUGCCUGGGAGGGAUCCAGGAUAAGAUUACAGUGUGUGCCACGGACGACUCGUACCAGAAGGCCAGGCAGAGCAUGGCUCAGGCAGAGGAGGAGACACGCAGCCGCGGUGCCAUUGUCAUCAAGCCCGGUGGGAGAUACGUGGGUAAACGGGUCCAGAUCCGGAAAGCAGCGAUGGCCCUUUCGGACGUGGCCCCAUCGCGGCGCUUCUCUCGUCCUGUGCUCAUCUCCAGCAACAUGAAGAAGAGUACGGCGCUGCCGCGGCCACUCAGGGAGCGCCUUGUCCACUUACUUGCCCUCAAACCCUACCGCAAGCCUGAGUUGCUGGUGCGCCUUACGAAGGACGGCCUCUCACCCCAGGAUAAAGAUACUUUGGACAGCCUCCUGCAACAGGUGGCUAAUCUGAAUAACAAGGACAACACCUUCACAUUGAAGGACUGUUUGUUUAAGGAAGUUCAGAAGGAUUGGCCUGGCUACACUGAGGUAGACCAGCAAAUCCUAAAGAGGAUCCUUGUACGGAAACUGUGCAAGCCUCAGAGCAGUGGUCCAGUGCCUGGGGAGAAUCCAGUCAGCCCGCACAAAGAACAGGCCAGUAGCUCUCCAUCUCAGAAAAGGACUACUGAAGAUUUUAUUGACCCCCUGGCAAGCAAGAAGCCCAGGAUAUCACAUCUGACCAGCAAAGGAUCAGCACCCGUCAACGGAAAGUUGAACUCUUCAAACGGGAAGGACUCGUGCGGUUUAUCCAGCGCCCCGCUUCCGCUACUGGAUCUAUCUCAGCGUCUUGAGCCGCUGUCGGAUGUCAGCAACGACUCCAGCCACAAUGGCCGGGACUGUGAAGGCCAGGAGGCAGCGGUGGCUGAGAGGCUUAGCCAAACAACAGCCAUCACAGGGGGCUCUCUGCAGAAAGAGGCGGUGUUAGGCUCCGCACCUUCGGCACCCGGCAGCCUGGAAGGAUCAAAGAACCGUAGCACCUCACCCUCGCUGCAUGGCAAGUCCAAGAAGUCCAAAAAACGCAAAGAUAAAGACAAGUCCAGAAAGAAAGAUCCAGAGAAGGAGAAGAGGGAGAGGAAAGGAGCGGGGGACGGUGAUGGGUUGAAGAAAUUGUACAAGGUUACUACAAGUCCAGACCUGAGCAUGAUGAGUAUUCCACAUAAAAGCUCAGAUCUGAAUGGAAUGUUGAACAGCUCCAGUAUUCCUGCAUCUUCAUCUGUCAUGGCAGACUAUUUACUAAAAUACACUGAGAUUGGCUCCCAGGAGCAGCGUCAGAGCUAUAAGAAUGACUUUAACGCAGAGUAUAGUGAGUACCGAGGACUCCACGCACGAAUAGAGGGUAUCACCCGGCAAUUCACUGUGCUGGACGCUGAGCUUAAACAGCUCCAACAAGGCACAGAUCAAUAUAAGACAAUCCACAAUCAAAUACUUCAAGAGUAUCGCAAAAUAAAAAAGACUAAUCCCAACUACAGCCAAGAGAGGAACCGCUGUGAAUAUCUCCACAACAAACUGGCACAUAUAAAGAAACUUAUAGCAGAAUAUGAUCAGCAGCAAAUUCAGCAUUGGCACUAAUCGUGUGUGUGUGUGGUGUCCCCCCCACCCCCCUCCCCCUCCCCCCCUUUUUACCUUCUGGAAACAAGACCAUGAGAGAGAAACUCUGGAUUCUGGGGAGUUUUCUUUAUUUCUUUUUUUCUGGAUUGCUCUAAAACAGCAAUUGCUCUAGAGAAAAAUGGCCAUAAAGAGAGUAUUCUUGCUCCCCCCCUCUCCCCCACCACCACCAUAAAGAGGGCACUACAGGCAGUUAUCAGUUUUCUUUUUCCUUCCCACCCCCCAUUUUUGCAGGGGGUUGGGUGGGUGGUGUUUUACACUGCAUAUGGAAAAGUCUUCUGGGCAUCGGUUCCCUCUCUAAUAGCACAUAGGUCUCCUAUAAAAAAAAAAAAAUUUAAAAAAACAGAAGACCUUGGAAUUUUUUUCCCUUGCUUUAUCAACUGGGGCAGGCAACACUGAAACCAAUUUCUCAAAGUUUCGUACUUUGUUUAUUAAAAAAAAUUAAGAGAAAUACCAUGUUUCCCCAUAUAUUGAAUGGAAGGUACUCAUAUUAUUAUUUAUUCUUUCGUCUUCCUGGGGGUUUAUACCAGAUCUGUUGUACACUCCUCAGUAUGAGCUCUAAACUUUUUUCCAAGCUUAAAAAAAAAAAAAACAGUAUUUUAUGCAAAUGCUGCCUUUGGUUCCAGGUAGUCCAUAGUUUGCAGUUCAUGAAUUCAUUAAGUUUAUUCUCUGGCUUAUGCAGGGACUCUCCUGAAUAUCUCAAGCCAAGCCAGUUUAGCCUAUUUUACACUGUGUGUGAUUUUGUACCGGUCUCUUCCAUGCAAUGGAUGUUGAUGAUAUGCCUACAGGUGGGACAAUGGUGUCUGUGUGUAAAGGCUUUGACUGUAUGCUGUUGAUUUACUUUCUGGCUUGGUUGAACCUGCUAUGCCAAAGGUGGUCAUUUUUCCUUAUUUAAUUAAGAGCCUGGGUGUAUGUCAGAGCGAUAGUCAUGUGGAAUGACUGCAGCCGUCUGUGUUUGUGCCCGCUCUUCUAUUAUGUGAAGUUACCUAGUACUAUUAAAUAUGUGCUAAAGCAUUACACCAGCCUUGAUGGACUUGGUUUUCAAGUCAUGUUUAUCAGGUAAAUUAUAUACAAGAUCCCUCAAAUAUGGCUAUAUCCCUUUAAAGUAUCAAGACUUGUGCACACAUGGUGAGAUCCAGGGAGUAAGCAGGAGUAUGAGCUGGAUAUGUGCUGUACUGGUAUUUUUAUCUGCUAGCCCUUUUUGGUAACGUAGAGCUCUAUAUCGACUGCAGUUUGGAAAAAUAUGUACGAAGACCUCUCCCCACCCUUACCCCAAUUCACCCCAUGCAGUUAUAUAACUGAACUUAUUUAAGCGCCAGCAUUUUGAGAUGACGGCUAACCCAUAAUGCAGGAUCAGUCUCUGAGUAUUUGUCAUCCUUAGUAUUCACCUUUCAGUUGCAUUGAAUUCGAGAACAGAGUCUGAGCCCCUGUCAUGUCUGUAAAGAUGUCUGAAGAAUGAUUUUAAAAUUGACAGCUGUCUAGAAAUAGUUCACCUGUUCAAUCUUACCUGAAGAAUCUUUUCUGAUAUUGAGCUUUUUAUGUUUAAAUAUUAAAAUUCUGCACUUUG